AUGUGUGGAAUAUUCGCUUAUCUUAACUUUCUAACCCCAAAAACUCGAAGCGAAAUCAUCGACAUUCUCAUACAAGGUCUACAGCGUAUGGAAUAUAGAGGAUAUGACUCAGCCGGUAUCGCAAUCGACGGUGGUAACGAGCCAAAUGCUCCUCACGACGACAUAGUGCUACUCAGAAAAGCCGGAAAGGUUUCCGUUCUAGCAGACUCCAUUAAAGAAACAUCCAAAAAACUCGACAUGGACAUGAAAUACAACAUCCACUGCGGUAUCGCACAUACACGCUGGGCCACACAUGGGUCGCCAAAGGACGUGAACAGCCAUCCACAGAGAAGUAAUGAUAAAAACGGUUCGUGGGUGUAUUCGCUUGUACUUAUUUUUUCAAAGCAUUUCCUCUACUUGAAAAUUCACAAAACCUAUCCAAAACAA